CAUCCAAUCCAGUUCGUUUUUGAAUUUCGCGGAGACUGGUCGGGCUCUCUGGUGUAGUGAAUGUUGAAAUUAUAAAAUAAAAGUGAAAGUUGAGGGAAAAUUUAAUAUACAUAGUUUGCCGAAAAGUUAUCGAUAAUAAGCUCAGAAAUGCUUCGAUUGGGAAAGCAAAGUUUUACAAAGUUCAAAGAACACAUCAUCGGCCAAAAGUCAUUGAUUGGCAGGAGUAGCAGUGAACUUUCCAAGCGAAGCGUGUCGUCGAGUUCGAACUUACCGGAAAGUGCGGAUGUUGUUAUCAUCGGAGGUGGAUCAGCUGGAUGCAAUACGCUUUAUCAGCUGACGAAACGAGGCAUUCGUGCCGUGUUGCUCGAGCAGGCAAAAAUCACCGCUGGCACUACAUGGCAUACGGCAGGACUGGUGUGGCGUCUCCGCCCCAAUGAUGUGGAAAUCAAGCUACUGGCAGCCACCAGAGAUGUGUUGAUGCGGUUGGAAGACGAAACGGGGCACAACUCGGGAUGGAUCAACAACGGUGGACUUUUUAUUUCCCACUCGGAUGAACGCUUGGACGAAUACAAGCGGUUGUCUACGCUGGGGAAGUGUUUUGGAAUCGAAAGCGAGAUUCUCACGCCCCAGGAAGCGCAAAAGGUGUUUCCGUUGAUCGAUCCUGCCUCCUUCACAGGAGCACUGUACUCUCCAGGGGACGGUGUUGUAGAUCCAGCGAUGAUGUGCACAGCACUGACCAAAGCCUCUCUGGCGAACGGUGGAAUCUUAGUGGAGGACUGCACGGCUAGCAAAAUCGUAACCGGAGAGAAUCUCCUAGGUGUUAAAGAUGUUCGAGGCAUUGUCACCAAUAAGGGAACGAUCCGGACGAAUACGAUUGUAAACGCGACGGGGGUUUGGGGAAGGGAUCUUAUCGAACCGCUCGGUGUCCAUCUGCCUUUGGUUCCAAUGAAACACGCAUACGUUGUUUCGGAAACCAUGGACGGCAUCCACCAAAUGUUGCCGAACAUACGUGAUCACGACUAUUCGAUUUACUUCCGUAUCCAGGGCAAGUCCAUCUGCAUGGGAGGAUACGAAAACAACCCGGUACUACUGGAUCGUGUGCCGGGUGAUUUCCACUUCGGUUUGUACGAUCUGGAUUAUUCCGUAUUCGAUACGCACAUCCAAGGAGCGGUGAAACUUUGUCCCGAAUUCGGUACUGCGGGCAUCAAGAGUACGAUUUGCGGACCAGAGUCGUUCACACCCGAUCAUAAGCCGUUGAUGGGACCGGAUCCUCUGGUUAACGGGCUAUUCCACAACUGUGGAUUCAAUUCGGCCGGUAUGAUGUUGGGCGCGGGUUGUGCCGAGCAGCUCGCGCAAUGGAUCAUCAAUGAUCGACCGGACCUGCACAUGUUUGCGUAUGAUGUUCGACGAUUCUCUCCAAAGCAAAAGAAAGCGGUCAACUGGGCCACCGAAAGAAGCCAUGAAGCGUACGCGAAGAAUUACAGCAUUGUGUUCCCGCAUGAUGAAUCACUAGCUGGUAGGAACUUCAACGUGGACCCUUUCCAUAAGCAAAUGAUCCAACAUGGAGCGGUCAUGGAAGAAAGACAUGGAUGGGAACGUCCGGGAUAUUUCCUACCAGAAGACACUGUAGUGGUUCAGUCGUACGAUUGGUAUGGGUACUACGACUAUCCGAAGAACGUCAAUACCAACUACGCAGACACUUUGAAGAAAGAGUAUACCUUCGGAUUCCCAGAGCAUCACGAUUUGAUCGGUGAGGAAGCACUGACUUGCCGACAUGAAGCAUCUCUCUUCAAUCUUAGUUACUUCAGCAAGUUGUUCCUUACCGGUAGUCAAGCCAAGGAAGCAGUUGAGUGGAUCUUCUCCGGUGAUUUGAACAAGCCGAUUAACAAGACGGUUUACACUUGCGCAUUAAACAAACGAGGCGGUGUUGAGGCUGAUGUGACUAUCAGCAUUGUGGAGUCAGGACAAGGCGAACUCCAUGAUCCGAUCUUCAAGGGACGAGGCUACUACAUCGUAGCUGGUGGCGCAUCAGCCUACCACACCAAGUCACACAUUUGGUCCGCAAUCCAGGAGAAGGCCCUACGCGCCAACGUUACUGACCACACCGAAGAACUGGGCGUCCUCUCCAUUCAGGGCCCAAAAAGUCGAGAAAUUAUCCAGAAGAUAACCGAUUUCGAUCUCAGCGACGAGGAAAAGCUCCCGCCGAAUUCCACCGCCAUUCUGAGCAUUCAGAUUAAUCCGUUUUACAAGUGUAAUGUACGAAUCCUUCGCGUAAGCUUCGUCGGCGAGCUGGGAUAUGAGUUGCACAUCCCGCAGGAGAGCUGCAAUGACGUCUACAAUGCGUUGAUGAAGGCCGGCUACAAGGAACACCUGAGGAACGCAGGCUACCGGGCACUGUAUUCGUUGAGUAGUGAGAAAGGGUACCAUCUAUGGGGCUACGAUCUGCGAUCGGACGACACACCGGUCGAGGCGAACUUAGGUUUCACGUGCAGAAGGCGCGGUGAUUACCAAGGACGUGCCGUUGUCGAGCGGCAACUGGAGAAUGGAGUUAACAAACGGUUGGCUUUCUUCACCCUCAAUGAACAGGUUCCAAUUUGGGGACUGGAAGCGGUGUAUCGCGAUGGGGAAAUCGUAGGCCACCUGCGACGGGGCGAAUAUGGCUACACCCUUCAGAAACCCAUCGGACAGGCAUACAUUUCCCGCAAGGACGGCGAUUACGUAACGAAUGAAUACAUCAAGAGCGGACACUACCAGAUCGAAAUUAUGGGCAAACUACACGACGCACAGUGCCACCUUAGAAGCCCAUUCGAUCCGAAGGGCGAACGGAUAUUAGGAAUUUAUAAAUAAAUUUAAACUAGCUUUACAAUCGUUUUAUGAUUUAAUAAUCCUUGUGUAUCAGCCACCCAGCUCCUAUUAUGCAGUCCAUAAAAUUUUAUUGCAUUUUGAACAUGUCGAAGUGUCAUCGUCCAACAAAUCUCAGGUUCUGCGUCCGUAAUUUAUGGCAAGUACUUAGCCCAUUCUUGAAAGUGAGAAACGAUCAACCACAAAUUUGUCGAAAUUUGAUCCCUCCCAUUAAUUGCUCCCUCACAAAGUAUGAAGGAAAGUGAAAGGAAAUAUUCUUUUCGGUGCACUCUUCUAUAGGCUGAAGAGCCGUGGAAAAGAAAACAAAUGAAUGGUGAAAUGGUAGGUCAAGCUGUGCGUAGGAAAAUUCACGACUGAAAUAUAGAUGUUCUACAAUAGGCAUUUUAUUUCUUGAAUAUUUUCAACCCAGUAAUAUGCAAAACUAGGAAUAGAAAACUUUUAGAAAAUAGAAAUCUCUUGAAAUAUUCGA